AUGCUAUCCUGCACCAAUCCACAGUUGCGGAUGAACGUAGUCCAGUUGCUUCUGAGCAGGAUGAAACAGUCUUCGGUCAUCAUGGAUGCGUUGCAACCGGGGAGGCCGCUGAGCACCGUUCGAACCGCUCUGAGCACCGUGCAUCAGCUUGCUAAGAAUGAAGAAUAUCGCAAGGACCUCGCCCGUCGCGGCUUCCUCAAGAAGCUCGUCGAGCUCCUCCUAUCGUCCACGGACCAAGACGUCUCCCGACUCGCGCUAAUGGGUCUGUGUCGGCUGAUCGACGGGAGCGAGAGCCGCGCUGUGCGGAUCGUUCGAUACGGUGUUAUUCCUCCGCUGGCUUCCAUCAUUGCGCUCUCUGGUUCUUGCGUUGAUGAUUUGGUUCAUUGGACUUUGCUUUUGGCGCAUCAGCUUACUCUGUGCGAGGACGUCCAAAUACGACUGCUUGAUGCCGGCUUCCUCAUGCACAUGGGACGCCUGGUUCGCUUGACAUAUGGCAACGACAGUCUACAGCGGCUAUGUAUGCACUCCAUCGUUCGGCUGCUGUCAAAGAUCCCCUCGUUCGAACUACUGUGGGAGCUCCAGGAGUUACAGAGCCUCGAUUUACUCCCUUUGCUCGCCAUGGGCUUACGGAGUGACGAUAACCAGCUAGUCUGUUGGUCCCUCUUCCUCAUCCACGAGUUCGUCAAUAAAGAUAUCGGUAAAGAACAACUGGCGUCCGUCCGAACUGUCUACACGUCCCUGAGCGCUCUCCUCGGCCAUGAAGAGGACAACGUUCCUCGGCUGGCGUUCGGGACGCUGAAGCAUCUGGCGAGUGGCAACUCACAGAUUCAGAAGGACAUGAUCGCAUCGGGAAUAGUGGGAGCGGUCGUCCCGAUGUUGAAGACGGUGCCGGGUGGCAGUGCUGAGUCGGCCUGUUGCAAUGCGUUGGUGAAGGAUGUGCAUUCAUCCAUUCGAUGUGCUCUUGACGUAACGCUAUGUCCAGAGGAAGCCCAUCCCGAGUUCAUCGCCGCAAACGGCUUCUCACUCCUGCUCGCCUUUGAUGCCUCUACAGAUCAAAACUCAUUACGAAUCGUAGACAUACUCAUGUACUUCACCGGUAACCCCUCAAACCGCCCGCACAUUGAAACUCACGACGUGGCCGGCACGGUGAUGCGUAUCUGCAGCUCUGAUGAUCCAGAGCUGCAGUAUGCGGGAUGUGCGUUGCUUUUGCAUCUUGUUGGUGUUUCUGAAUUGACGAGGCAGAAGUUAGUUGCAGCGGGUGCAUUAGAGCAUCUAAACGCCCUCUUACUAGACGGCGAGCGAAAAGACGUUCAGGUCGUGGCCGCAAAAGUUCUCGAAACGCUUGGGCGAAAAGACCCCACCCUCACGGAAUACAUCCUUUACACCGCCAUCAUGCCCCUCGCCGGGCUUCUCCGGCAAGACGGCGGCGAGUACAUCAAGGAACGGGAGGUAUACGCGCACGACACGCAUAUGGUUAGCCCGCUCGUGGAGGAGAUUACUGGAAGGUUGAUGGCGUUGGAUGUCAUUUUGUGCUCGGAUGUCUUCACGCUGCCUGGGGAGUUUCCGUGGGAGGCGCUUGAGGAGCUUUUGAGGGAUUUGGUUGGGGUGGCGGCGAGGAAAGAUGAUGGGUCAUUGAGUGGGAAGGGCAGAAUUAAGUCGGAAGAGAGGUUGGAGGGUUGGCAUCGGGCGAUACCGACCAGUGAACCCACCACGCCAAUAUCAGGGGGAACUGACGAUCCAUUCUCGACGGAAGCCGACACAGAUGAUACUCUGAUGAGCCAAUGUUUGAAGGUUUAUGCGAAGAUUGUGAAGCAAGUUACAGCAGCUGGCGAUGAUGGCGCUGCAACUAAUGCCCUCCUCCCGGAUUUGAUGACGCUAUUGCGUCGGCCGACGACUCAUGAUGCAGCCGCCGCUCUGCUCUCAGUGCUGGCGAGCAUCCCAGCACAUAAGCCCGCCAUCCUCCCCUUAUCCUCCACCUUCCUCAAACUCCCCCUCCCAAACGGCCCAACCCGCCUCUACACAACCGCAUUCCAAGAAUCAGCUUUCGAUUUCACACCUGCCACUUCCCAAUCUAUCCUCCCCGAGAACUACAUCACAUUUUUUCGGCCACCAACCGCAACAUCAGGCCUAAAGAUCAGUCCCCAAGGCUGCGAGCUCCUGAACGACUCCUGGACUUUCGAAACCGCCUAUUCCCGCACCUCCGUCAGCGGGUCGGGGCGGUACGCAUACGAAGUGGAGUUACGGUCUGAUGGGAUUUUGCAGAUUGGGUGGGCGGAGAGGGUUGCGGGGUGGGAUCCUGAGGUUGGGGUUGGCGUUGGAGAUGAUGAGUAUUCGUAUGCGGUUGAUGGGAAUCGGGGGAAGAAGUGGCAUGCGGGGGUUACCACGGAUAAUGAUUACGGCGAAGACUGGUUCAUCGGCGACAUCAUCACCGCCGUGAUCGAUCUGGACGCUGGUGAGCUGGAGUAUUUUAAAAAUGGGAAAUCAGUAGGGGCUGCGUUUACUGGCAUUGACGCCGAUGUUGCAUGGUACCCUGCAAUAUCGCUUGCUGCUGGUCAAGGGUGCAAGGUCCGGUUUGGAGAUGGGGUUGAUCCGAUUUGCUUUUUACCAGAUGGCACGUUACCCAUCCCAGCACUAAUGAAAAGCAAAGAGGGCAAAGAUAUCGUGGGAGGUCAUGGCCCAAACCCCCCCGUGGACGUAGUGGAGCAGGGAGUGGAUAGCCAUAGUUGGAUCGCAUUGUUUACGCCGACGUCCUACUACGAAGUGCAUAUCGGGCUGCGAGGACUGAAUUAUGAAAGCAUCCCUCAAAUCGGCAUCACGACGAAAUCCGGUACCCUCCUCAUCCUCGCCCUCCCCAGCGGCCAAAUCGCAACACUGCUCUCCAUCAGAGGCGGUAUACUCAUGAAUGAUCUCCAAUCACGGAUCCAAGACAUACUCGAAAACCCUGGGCAAGAUGAUUUGGUUAGGGUGCUGCGACAGUGGGAUGGGCCUGCGUUGAGGGAAGGCGAUGUCAUUGGAUGUGGUGUGGACACGAAGGAGGGAUGUGUUGGGUUCACUCUGAAUGGGAGGGAAUAUGGACCUUUGGUGCAUGUGGGACAUCUGGACGACGUUGAGACUCCGUAUCUGUGCAUUGUCCCCCGAUUCCAAUUUGUGAUUGAGCCGCCGUUCCUGUGGCGCUCGGGAGUCUCACUGUACUCAUAG